AUGAGUGAUGACGUCUUCUGUUGUGGUCCGGCCUCUGUCAGAGCAAUCAAAGAGGGCGAGCUCACUUUCCCUUACGACAUCCCGUUCUUGUACGCCGAGGUAAAUGCAGAUGUGGUGGAGUACAUCAAACUGAGAGAUGGAAGAGUCUUUAAGAUGGAAGGAUCUACUGUGGAGGUUGGGAAAUCCAUCAGCACUAAAGCAUUGGGCAGAGAUGAGAGAGAGGACAUUACACACAACUACAAGUAUCCAGAGGGUUCUGAAGAGGAGAGAAAGGUUUAUGAGAAGGCGAAGCAUCACAACAGACUGGCACAGGCCGGAGAGGAACCGGGUUUACACAUCAAGAUCAGAGUGACCCCGGAUAUGCAGAUCGGCUCUGACUUUGACGUUUACGCAGAGCUCAAAAACAACACCAUGGUCACAAAGUGCUGUCGGGUCAUGUUUUACGCUCAGGCGGUGUCCUACAACGGCAAACUUGGAGAAACCUGUGGACUGGGCGAGUUUACAGAGAUGAAUUUAGCUUCUACCGAGGGGGGAAAGGUAACUCUUCGACUGGAGUACGCGGAUUACAGUAAAGCCAUUACUCAAGACAGGAUGAUCAAACUGAUGGCUUUACUCAUCGAUGCAGAGACACGGGAUUUCUACAGAGCAAAGAAGACCAUCCUGCUGGACAGCCCCGAAAUAAUCAUCAAUAUUCUGGGCGUGCCGAAAGUGGGCCAGAUCCUGGUGGCAGAUUUAGCGCUGCAGAAUCCACUGCCGGAGCCUCUGGAGAACUCUGUGUUCACUAUACAUGGUGCCAACCUGACCGACGGGAAACCCAUCACUCAUGAGGUUGGAACAGUCAAUGCUAAAGAGUUUGCAACCGCCAAAGUGGAGUUCACACCAAAGCUGCCAGGACAAAGAAAAAUAAUGAUAUAUUUUACCAGUGAUAAACUUUACAACAUUGAGACCUACGAGAAUCUAGUCAUCUAUGAAUAAAGGAGCUGUUUUUACUCACGCUUGUGAUAUCUUAUUCUGUACUGGUAUCUAACUUGUACUUGGGCCGGUGUGUAGAAGCCAUGUUUAGGGCCAGAUAUAUUUUUGAUGCUGGCACUUUUGAAUUUUCUGAAACAUGACUUGAACUUCCCAAUGCCACUAGUGCACAAAUUGUUUCUGAAUAUGUUUCACUGUCGCAACUAUACUGUUGAUUUAUUAUAUUUAAUGUGAACACAGAACAAAUUAUCCCACUUUACAAAUAAAAGUGUGGUUGGAAUAAA